UGAAGCCGGAAGUCACGUGAGUCUACGUAACCCCGGCUGAUCGUGACGUCACUCUCCAACAUGGCGGACUGGAACAGAGGUCAUGGCGCUGUUGACGACAUGCUCGAUGAUGAAAACAAGCGAAUGGCUGAGAACCUGGUCGCCAAGGUCUCCAGACUAAAAUCUCUGGCGUAUGACAUCGACAGAGAAGCUGAUGAUCAGAACGAAUACUUGGACAACAUGGACUCAAACUUCCUGAGUGCAACAGGUCUGCUGAGUGGCAGCGUAAAGCGUUUCUCCACCAUGGUCCGAUCCAGCAGAGACAAUCGUCGCAUCCUCUGCUACGUUUCUGUGGGACUGGUCCUGGUCUUCUUCCUGCUCUACUACCUGAUCUCCAGGAUCCAGCGCUGAUGUGACGACCAAAUCAGGAGCUGAUGGGGAAGUGACACUUUGGACCCUGACGUCCCAUCUUUAAAUGACCUCUGUGGUAUUCCUGCAGAGGAAAACACUUUUAUUGAACACCAAAGUGAGAAACAAACUGGAAAAAGACAGGAAACAUUAAGUUGAGUUGUUGAUGUGACCAGCAAGGGGUCUCGGAAGCUGUCGCACUCGUGGACAUAUCGGCAAUGCUGGAGUCUCUCAAGAAACAAAAAGGACACGUCUGGUAUUCAGGGAUUUCUUCUUUACUCUGCCCCCGGCCUGUAUUGUUGCAAGCCAGGAAGUCCUAAUCUGGGCAAAGAGAGGGUGGAGACUGAAUGUAGGUGGGAAAGAUAUCCGCCCCAGCUGAGCAGAUUGUGAUAGGCUGAUGAACCCGUCAGUUCACUCAACCCAGAUAUGUACAAAUACAGAGGGCUGUCUCAGUUCCAGACUACAUAGCCAUUGAAAGCAGUGUUUGAAUUUCAGCUAGUAUGUUCACUACUGUUAAAUUUAGCCAAAUAAUAUAUUACAAACUUAAAAUGUGCUGUGUUGUCAAUUGCAAAUAAAUAAAAAAUUCACAGCUCAAAAGUAAUUGUAAUGUGAAUGUUGGUGACACGACAGAAGAAAGUUCAAGAAACAGACUUCUUUUUCUUUGCAAAGUUUCUUUGAAAGUCUUUUUCGAGGGUUAAAGCUGAUUGAAAUAGUACUCUCUAUCAGUACAUAAACGGUAAAGGACUUUAUGUAUGUUUUGUAGCAUUAAAAGCGUGUAUGUAUGUAUGUAUGUAUAUAUAUAUAUAUAUAUAAUUUAUAGUAUUCACUGCAGGUGAUUUAUAUGUUGUGUGGAACUGGGACAAAGCAGGUGAUGGUUUGACAGAAUAUUGUGUUGACACACGGGUACAGUUGAUUGACAGGAAAUAGGGCUUAGGUUGGUUUAAUACAAAAUACAAAAACCAGUGUGUUUCAGUUUCCAUUCAUCUUUAUGAGCAGUUGGAGUUCUGUGUGUAUGUUGCUGAGCUUGUUUCCUUCUAAUCAUUAAAAUUAUGUCUUGAUACCAGUCCUGUUCAUAGUUUCCAGACAUUUUGUUAAUCACAUUUUGUUUUCUGUCUUUUGUUCCUCAUCAGUUGGUGAAAGAAACUGGGGCAAAUGUAUUAUUUUUAACAUUCACAUUCCUGAUGCUGAUCUGCUGUUAUUAGGUAUUUUUAAUAAAUGUGCAAUAAAUUGUUUUAUUUGUG